AUGGCGUCGGCGUCGGCGCCACGCCGGAGCGCCAGAGCCUGCCGUCCUCUCCCACAGCCGGCCGACGGCGCGAUGGCAUCGACGUCGGCGCCACGGCGGUCCGCCACAGCCCGCCGUCCUCCUCCACGUCUGGCCGACAGCGCGAUGGCAUCGACGUCGGCGCGACGCCGGACCGCCAGAGCCCGCCGUCCUCUCCCACUGGCGGCAGACCGCGCGACGGCGUCGACGUCGGCGCAAGCGCGAGCGCGACGGCGGUCCGCUAGAGGCCCGGCGGCGCUGACCGGCCUCCCUGACGAGGUCUGGGAGGACAUCUUCCUGCGCCUCGACGCUGCGGCCGACCUCGCCCGCGCCUCCGCCGCCUGCUCCUCCUUCCGCCGCAUCAUCUCCGAGCGCCGGUUCCUCCGCCGCUUCCGGUCCCUCCGCUCCCCUGCAGUCCUCGGGUUCACCGACGGAGACCUAUACGCCCCCGUCGAUCCGCCCCACCGCUCAGCCCCGGAAGCCCGCGCGCUCGAGAAAGCCGCCGACUUCACCUUCUCCUUCCUCCCCGGCGGGUGGUGCUUUCGCCACGCUCGCGAUGGCCGCGUCCUCCUCGCCCGGGGCAUCUCCCCCAAAUCUGACUUCUGUGAUUUCGUAGUCUGCGACCCCAUGUACCGCCGGUGCGUCAAGAUUCCUCGGAUACCCGACGACCUACUGGCCUCCGCCGCAUACAAUGGUAUGUCGCACCAUGUGUUCCCCAUUCGGGCUCCAGGCGGCGAGAAUGACGAGGAGGAAUCGUUCAGAGUUAUCUGCACUGUGCAGCUCCAUGGCAAGGUCGUGGUUUUCAUCUUCUCUUCCUGCAACCAGACAUGGCGAGGUAUUAUUAGCACGAUUUCUUUGCCUCGUUAUGGACGUGUUGGAAUGCCUGACUAUGCGCACGGCUGCGUGCACUGGUUGUUGGACUUCACAGGCUAUUCGCUAAUGCUUGAUACAAGUGAGAUGGAAUUCUCCAUCCUUGAUCUCCUGCCGCCCCCCUAUUCCGAGUCACAGCGUGCCAUCAUCGAGGCAGGGGAAGGCAGACUCGGGUUGCUAACUAUUGGUGAUGACACAGUUGACCUGUAUUGCAAGAAUUGGCAAAACAAUGGUGUUGCGGCACAAGAGUGGCAACAUGACAAGCUGAUUCCUUUACCCGAAGACUAUAGGAUCGACUAUCAUUGGUGCAUUGUGGGCACAGCAGGGCGUUACGUAGGUCUACUAGCGCAUCUCGGAAUGCAUUUCAAGUAUUUUGUACUGGACAUCAAGACAUUUCGUCUUGAGGAGCUCUGCACCUUGAAGAACGGUGUAAUGUUCUUUGGUUUUCCUUAUGCAAGAUUUCCACCACUGUUGGCGCUGCCAAGCAUAUGA